UGAGUACUUAUUGUUAGUGAUAAUAGAUCAUAAUAGAUUAGAUUACUAAUGCCAGAAUCUUGAACCUCAAAUUCGCCAAUCAUUACAAUUGUGGAUUUGCGAAAGUAAAGCUGCACAAGAUUUCUUCAUGUAAAUUCAUUUUGAAUUCAGUUUUAUAAUUGUUACAUCUUAUCAACUAUAAGUACUUAUUCUACUCAACUCAAAUUGAAGCACUGUCAACAAUAAUUGGAAGUAAUGCCGAAGAAGUUUGUCGGUGAAAAUAGCAAGGCAGCUGCAGCCAGAGCUCGAAAAGCACAAGCCUCUGAAGAAAAAGAAGCGAUUAAGAAGAAGCAAAUUGAGGACGAGCUCUGGAAGGAUGAUGAUAAACAUGUUCAACGGAAACAGCAGCGAAAGGAAAGUAAAGAAAAGAAGAAAAUGGAACAGUUAGAAAAGAAACAAGAGAAAAAGUCAAUCUUAGAACAAGAGAUUAAAUCAAUCAAGACAACUGGCAAGGAGCCUCUAGCCAAAAUCACCCAAGCUCAGAUACAGGCGGAGAAUGAAAAACGAGCAGCUGCACUUAGUAAAUUGUCAUCUAGCAAAAAUGUGCAGACCCAUGUAAAUGUACCCCUAGAAGAAAAUAUAAAUCAUUUGCAAGUUGAAGGAGCAGAGGCUAGAACAAUAGAUGAAGCCAUAAAUGUUUUAAGCUUGAAAGAAACGCCUGUGGACAAACAUCCUGAGAGGCGAUUAAAAGCUGCAUAUGCUGCUUUUGAAGAAGCUAAUAUGGCAAGAAUCAAAGCUGAACAUCCUACUUUACGUCUGUCACAACUGAAGCAAGUUUUAUUCAAGGAAUGGUCCAAGUCUCCUGAGAAUCCGUUGAACCAAACUUCGUAAAGAGAGUGAUAUCAUAUGUACUGACAGAACUGUGGAUGUUUCUCAGAUAUUUCACAGGUGAUCAAAACCAGCUGUCAACUCGAAGUCUUUUUUUCAGAACGUCUGUUUGAAAUGGAGGACGUUGAGGAAAUGCAAUUUUCUCUCUUCGGUGUCGAGAUUUUAUACUUCUCAAUGAAAGAGACUAAAUCUUAAGGGAACUUCUUUGCAUGCUACUUCUCUCAGUAGCUUCUUUUUUUUGUUUUAUUUCUUGAACUUGUACAUCCUGAAACCUUUAAUAGACUUAAAGUUUAAAUGCUCCUUUCAAUUGCAAUAUUUUUCAAUUGAAACUAGACUAAACUGGAAGAUGGAAAACUAUGAAAUGUAUAAAUGUUUUCCACUUUUCGCCCUGUCCUCACUAACAAGUUUGUAGCAUGAUUGAAACACUUGGCAGAAUAAGAAAAAUCAACUAAUUUUCAUCUACGUAACCAAGACUGGAUUUAAUUGAUCAGUCUGUCGCUGUCUUUAAUUUACUUGUAGGUAAUGCACAUUGUAUGGGUAUCAAGAUAAAGUUAUUAAAGAUAAAAAUGUGUUGAAAUGGUCAAAAGUAGGAUAUACAUAGAAUAUUCUAUGAAUCCUUCCAGGAAUAUCCUUUGUACAUUUUUGAGAUAAGUCAGGAUAUCCUAUGAAUACCUGCUGGUCAUUGGUAUAAAUGACCUGUAAAAUACACCUUCACACAUAGCUCAGGCUUUCCUCUUAAAAUUGUGCACCUUGCUGUACCUAGUGCUACAGUUUAAAUCCUAAAAACUGUCAUUCAAAAAAAUAUUACUGUUUUUAGGACCUUAAAUGCAGCAUUCAAAAUUAACUCGUUCAUCAUUUAUUCAUUCUCUCAAAAUUGUGAAGAAAGCAAGGUAUGAGCAUACCAUUUGAGAAUGGAUGUUCAGUGAGAAAUCUUUCUAUGUUAAAAAGGUUAGAAAAAUCUAUGAAUCUCAUCUGUUGGAAAAAUGCCGUUUUACAUGUUUUUUUAUACUCGGGAAGUCUAAUCAGCAUUUAAUAGUCAAAUAAAAGUUACUGCUGGUGACAGAAGUGGCUCUUUAAUGAUUUUUUUCAAAUUUAUGAUACAGAUGACUCUGUCAGGAAGAGGACGUUUUAUGGUUUUUUGGUACUUUUUCUACAGAGGUAGUUUUAUCAGGUAUUUUUCAGAUGUCUCUAGCAAUGCGUAACCACAGCCAGCUGAGGGAGGAUAUUCUGAGGUAUUUCAAAAUUGCACUAUUUCAAUGGAAUAUUUAUAGAAUAUUUACUGCUGCCUGUGUAAUUUUCUGCAUACAGCAAUGGACUUGUUGCACCCAAGAGAUACAGUCAAGUGAACAAACCUUCUACAGGUGAAGUCACACGAAAAUCACAAUGGACCCAUAAAAAAGUCUACUAUCAACUCUUUGGUGUGUAAUUUGCGAUGUUUGAUAUACGCUUUUCAAAUUUCCUGCGGACGACUUCUCUAAGUCACUGGUGACCAGGUUUGCUAGAAAGAGACAUAAGUAAGAAAACCUGAUCCAAAUAAUCAAACAAUCUCGCAAACUAUUUCUUUAGUAUACCUUCAAUUGUUUUAUCUUUUCUUUUGUUGCAAAAACAAGUUUUAAAUCAAUAGGGUAUAUGUAAAGGAAUUUUAUAACUGUUUGCAAGACUGCCUCCGUACGCAGGAAAUUUGGAAAAGCGUGGAACCACAUAGAUUUUGUGCUAAGGAGUGGAUUUCAGACUUUGCAGUGUGUCUGUCGUGGAUUUUAGGAGAUUUCACCAACAGAAAAUCUAGGUUGUAUCUCUUGGUUGGGACAGACCCACAGUCUGUAGGGAUAUGCUCUUGUUCCCUCAUUUCACAGUGAUAAUAGUAUAGCAAUAUAAAGUGACUGGAUGAUUGAAUCCUUCUUUGGAAAUUCACAAAUGAAGUCUGUACCUUGUCCAGUGACCAGCUUGAAAGAAUAUUAAAUCCAUCACCAACGAAAAAAUUGAUCCCUUUGAUGGGACCGUAAUUUUUCUGGUUUUCUUCUCGGUUUCUUUUUGUAAUGUUAUAAGUUUUUAAUUUUUUAUUUUUCAAGUUCAAAUUUUAAAUAAAAUUGGAAUGUGUAACCAUGCAAAGAAAA